UUGCUGACCUCUUCCACUUCUCUCUCUAUAGAUUCUUCCGUUUUACCCACCAAAUGAAACGGAGCAGAUAGAGAGGUCGGCUAUGGCGGCCGUUAUUCUUUUUCUUAUAGCCGCCUUAAUGGCGGUGCCGAUUCAAAUAACUGCUCUUGGUGGCUCCGCUUCCACAAUCGCCGUCGUUUAUAACGGAAAUGUUACCGUAUGUGGUAUCACAAGUGAACAACAAUCAAGAGGAAUCAAAUGUUGGCGAGGUAAUCAAGUCACCGAUGUUUUCGCCGGCGUCUCCUUUGAUUACUUAGCCGGUGGCCGGGAUAUAUUCUGUGGUACUGUCUCUGGAGGGUUAAGUCUUCUCUGUUUUGAUUCUGAGUUUAGGGCGAAGAGAUUGUAUCAAAGCCCAACUGUUCGAUUGAAGGAUCUGACAGUUGGUGAAGGACAGAUUUGUGCUCUGACGAAUGGAACCCGAAAUGCUAGGUGUUGGCGAGGUGGUGUUGGGAUUCCGCCGACGUUUUCGAAUGAGUCGGAUAGGUUCAUUUCGAUAUCAUCUGGAAUUGGGUUUUCUUGCGGAGUUUUGAUGGGUUCAAACAAGGUGGUUUGUCGGGGGGAUAGUGAUGGAGGGUUGGCUAGUUUAAUUGAAGCUGAAUUUGCUAACUUUUCAAUGAGUAACAUAAAUGCAGGAGGUAAUUUCGCUUGUGGAUUGAAUCUCGCCGGGUUUAUUGUCUGUAAAGGAAGAAAUGAAUCAGGGCAAUUGGAUGUUCCUCAGAAUACGGCGUCAAGGUAUUCAUCUUUAGCCCUGGGAAACAGCCAUGGAUGUGCAAUCAGGAAAUCAAAUGGGUCAGUAGUUUGUUGGGGAAAUCUUGGUGAAGAUGAGUCUAUGAGAUCAUCACAAAUAGCUGAUAGUAUUUCAUUUGAAUCGAUAGUUGCAGGUUUUAAUUUUACAUGUGGAUUAUUGACGAGUAAUUUGUCAGUCAUGUGUUGGGGAAUUGGCUGGCCUACUGCUGGAGUUGUUCUUCCACUCGGUCAGGUUCUUCCAGGUCCUUGUGUUCAAUCUGAUUGUGGCGAUUGCGGUAUAUACCCUCAAUCGCAGUCUCUUUGUUUUAAUUCUGGCAACAUCUGUAGAACCUGUAACCUUCAUGUUCCUCCCGCCCAACCUCCCACCCCGGACCGUGGUGAUUCUGUGCCGGCGCCGCCGUCGCACUCCAAGGGUCUGAGAAAGGGUUUGCUUGCGUUUGCGAUAGUUGGGUCAAUUGGUACAGUUUCAGGCGUUUGCACUUUAUUAUACUGCCUAUGGAUCGGCGCUUGUUGUGGGCAUAAAAAGAUUCAUAAUUCAGUCCAGCCGACGGUUGCGGCGUCAAAUUCCAACAACGGCCGGACUUCAAACAACAACCCUUUUUCGAGGUCGUCGACUCUUCGGAGACAGGGAUCGAGGAUUAUGAGACGACAGAGAAGUGGGACAUCAUCUUUCAAACACCCGGAAAGAGCAGAGGAGUUCUCGUUCCAGGACUUAUCCGACGCUACUAACAAUUUCUCGCCGGAAAACAAGAUCGGAGCGGGAAGUUUCGGGGUGGUUUACAGAGGGAAGUUGUCGGACGGGAGAGAGGUCGCAAUCAAGAGAGGAGAUACAGAGGAACAAGCGAAGAAAUUUCAGGAGAAAGAGAGUGCGUUUGACUCGGAAUUAGCAUUUCUCUCUAGGCUUCAUCACAAACACUUGGUGGGUCUUGUUGGGUAUUGUGAGGAAAAAGACGAAAGAUUGUUGGUGUAUGACUACAUGAAGAAUGGAGCACUUUACGACCAUCUUCACAGCAAAGACAACACCCAGAAAGACAGCAGCGUUCUCAAUUCGUGGAAAAUGAGGAUCAGCGUUUCGCUAGACGCAGCAAGAGGAAUCGAAUACCUUCAUAACUACGCCGUCCCGCCCAUAAUUCAUCGCGACAUAAAGUCUUCAAACAUCCUCUUAGACUCCAAUUGGACUGCUAGAGUCUCGGACUUCGGUCUCUCCUUAUUGGGGCCACAGCCAGAUGGUGAGUUCCGGCCCAUUAAGGCUGCGGGAACAGUGGGAUACAUAGACCCGGAAUACUACGGGCUGAACGUGCUGACGGCGAAGAGCGAUGUUUACGGACUGGGAAUCGUGUUGUUGGAACUGUUGACGGGAAAGAGGGCGAUUUUUAAGAUUGGAGGAGAACCGACGAGCGUGGUGGACUUUGCUGUCCCUGCUAUUGUUAUUGGUGAGAUGGGAAGUGUUCUUGAUCCAAGGGUUGGGAGACCUGAGGGGAUAGAGGCGGAGGCGGUGGAGCUGGUGGCGUACGCGGCGGUGCAAUGCGUGAAUAGGGAAGGGAGGGAUAGGCCCACCAUGUCGGAUAUGGUGACCAAUUUAGAGAGGGCAUUGGGGAUGUUAGAUCAUGGUAGCCACGGAAGUAUAAGCAGUGGUACAGUGUCUUCUAUUGAUUGAAACAUGUAGAUCAUUUUUGUUUUUGUUUUUGUUUUUGUUUUGGUUGGUUUUGAGAGGGCGGGAGGAGGCCUAGGUUCAAUUGGUUUGGCGGCCUGCCUGCCUUCCUGCCAGCAUAUUACCUGAUUUGUUUGGAUUGUUUUAUUUAGCUCUUAGGUAGAGGUGUAGAAUGUAAAGAUGUGACACUUUUUUGAACAUGCAAUUCAAAUUUUUGUCUUUUAUUUAUUUA